GCCGGGCCGGGCUGGGCCCUGCGGGUGAGCGGAGCCUUCAGGCAGCGAGAGCGCUCGGGGCACGGCGGAGCACCGGGAAUCGCCGGCCGCGGGAGGAGGCUUUGGGCCAGGGGAGCGCGCUAAGUGGGUCAAGAGCACCAGCCAAGACAUAAUCAGCCAAACUGAACCAAGAGGAAAGAGAAUAUUUGAGAAGGCCUCCAGCAUCUCAUGAACGAACCAACGGAACUCGAUAAUGCCGGUUGUGCAGAGCCAGGUCUGCGGCUCAGAAAAGGACACAUGUCUGACCCUGCAACCACACAGGCAGCCUUUGGAGAGGACAGCUCUCAAGAGAACCUUCUUCUAGUGGAGACACCACUGUCUUCUGACCAGGAAAAUUCUUCUGAUGAUAAUAAACACAAUGAUGAGCCACCUCAAGAAGAUGAAGGGUUUAUGGGAAUGUCACCUCUUCUGCAAGCCCACCAUGCUAUGGAGAGAAUGGAAGAAUUUGUGUGUAAGGUGUGGGAGGGCAGAUGGAGAGUGAUUCCCCACGAUGUGCUGCCCGACUGGCUGAAGGACAAUGACUACCUGCUGCAUGGCCACAGACCACCCAUGCCUUCCUUCCGGGCCUGCUUCAAGAGCAUCUUCAGAAUACACACAGAGACUGGCAACAUCUGGACUCAUCUCCUAGGAUGUGUGUUCUUCCUUUGUCUGGGAAUCUUCUACAUGUUCCGGCCAAACAUGUCCUUCGUAGCACCUGUGCAGGAGAAGGUGGUCGUGGGCUUGUUCUUCUUGGGAGCCAUCCUCUGCCUCUCCUUCUCAUGGCUCUUCCACACAGUUUAUUGCCACUCAGAAGGUGUUUCCCGGCUCUUCUCCAAGCUGGAUUAUUCUGGCAUUGCACUCCUCAUAAUGGGCAGCUUUGUACCAUGGCUGUACUACUCCUUCUACUGCAACCCUCAGCCUUGCUUCAUCUACUUGAUUGUGAUUUGUGUCCUGGGCAUUGCAGCCAUAAUUGUCUCACAAUGGGACAUGUUUGCCACCCCUGAAUACCGGGGUGUAAGGGCAGGAGUAUUUCUAGGUCUGGGUCUUAGUGGGGUAAUUCCCACUCUGCACUUUGUCAUCUCUGAGGGGCUCCUGAAAGCAGCCACCAUGGGGCAGAUAGGCUGGCUGGCACUCAUGGCAUGCCUGUACAUCACUGGUGCUGCGCUCUAUGCCGCCCGCAUCCCGGAGAGAUUCUUCCCUGGCAAGUGUGACAUCUGGUUCCACUCCCACCAGCUGUUCCACGUGUUUGUCGUGGCUGGCGCCUUCGUGCACUUCCACGGCGUGUCCAACCUGCAGGAGUUCCGCUUCACGGUCGGCGGGGGCUGCACGGAGGAGGAGGGGAUGCAGUAGGAGCCGCCCGCAGCCCCGGGGCACAGCAAAGCACGAGAGCCGCCGGCACCACGGGCCGAGCACCGGCUUAGCUACAGGAAUACCUAAGAAGAAUCCACGUUUCAGCUGAUGAGGCAUGGAGCUUCAUGGGGAUUCUGACUAACCAAGAUAAAAAUUCUAUACCUCAAGCAAUGGAAUAAAUCAAUUUGAAGACCAGGAAA